AUGGCUACAGGUGGAAAAAUACUGUGUGACCUUAAGGAUGAGUUCUGUGAAUGUCCUAUCUGUACUGAGGAAUAUGAUGAAGAAAAGCAUGUACCACGGCUCCUUCCAUGUCAGCAUUCUUUCUGUACUGAAUGUCUCAAAAAAGGCAUUAAAGGUGGUAAACUUAUAUGUUCCAUGUGUAAACGAAGUUAUAAAUUAAAAGAAAAGGGAAUUGACUAUUUUCCAAAAGAUAUCACAAAGCGAAGUUUAAGGGAAAUCAUAAAUAGAAUUGCAGCAACAUCCUGUCAUAUUUGCAAAAGGUUAGAAAGUGCAAGAUUUGAAUGUACAUCAUGCAAUAUACAAGUCUGCAAAGGCUGUUUCAAGGUUCGUAAAUUAAAUGAUUGCAAGAAUCACCAAAUGAAAGACGUCUAUAAAGAAAGUAAUGAAUCCUCUGAUUCAUCUCUCGACUCUCUAGAAAAGCAUGCAGAAAAUAUAUGCAAUCUACCAUUUCAUGAAAAAAAUGCAUUGAAAUUUUAUUGUAAAAACAAUGACUGUCGUAAACCAAUUUGCGCCAAUUGUACAACGAAAGGUCACAAAAAUCAUGACUGGGAAGAAAUAGAUUUAUUUUAUAACAAAGAGAAAGAAACCCUUCUUGCUCGGUUAUCCUUAGCUAAGAAGAAGAUUGAAACAGCAAAAGGCGUCUUAUCAUAUAUCAAGAAGGAAAAUGAGAAAAUCAUGCAAAAUGAUCGUAUGGGAAAAGAGACAAUUCAAAAUGAAAAACAGAGUGGGAUUGAUUAUCUAAAUCAGGAAGUUGAAGAUCUGUGCCAAAGAAGCACACAAAUUAUCAAAGUCUACACCGAUAAAUUCGAAAAAAAGAAGUCAUUCUUAAAGAACUUUAUUCAAAACGCACAGGCAUGUUGCUCUAUAUCAGAAGAACUACUUAAGGAAAGCAAAUUGUCCUUUUUGUCCCUGGAAAAGACAAUAUCAGAGAAGUUGGAAAAUUUUGGAAAGGGAUCUUUUCCUGAAGAAAAAUCAGAUAUUGACAUUGACCUCUUAUUGCUUAAAGAUGAAUGCAGCAUGCUGAAAAAAAGAAUUGAAAAAAUGAAAGAUCCAUAUUUAGAGAUGGACGAACAUUCCUUGUUUGAAAUAACACCAGCAGGAGAGAACGACAGAGGAGUCCCUGUUGUGAGAUUAAAAAAGAUGCCAAGGAAACGUGAAAAAGUAAUAUCAUUCCUUAUUAAAUGUACUUGUGUUUUCCUUAUAUCACUGACAUGUAUUGCGGCGAUAUUGUUCACCAUUAGAGAGUUCGACAUAUGGUGGAGUCUAUCAUAUUGUGAAGUUAAACAAUGUGAUGAAGCUGUUCUGACGUUUUCCGAUAACUCAAGCCAUUCCUCAUUUUGUCGAGCUAAAGGUGGAAGAGUUGCAUCCAGUUUAUUAUUAGAGCACACCGAACAGACCUGUGGAAAUCCAAGUAACCCCUUUGUGGAAAAUGGUGUUUUUCUAAAUGAAACUUUUAAUUUUUCGGAUUGGUAUGCUGUUAUGGAUUUUCAGAUUCAUUUAACAGAUUUUGCUGAAGAAAUCAGAGGGACAUCUCUUUUCAGGAUAGGGUUUUCACUAGGUUCAAUUUAUAUUAACGAAACUACAGAGAAAUUUGAAUGGAACUUAAUUCGAUCAAAAAGUAAAGAAAGUUUAGAACUCUUUAAUACUUUAAAUGAGAAAAUUGCUAGCAUAAGUGCUACAUCACAGUCAAAAAUUGUGAUGAAAUAUCGAAUUCUGAAAGAUAAUAGAAGAAGAAUCAUAAAAAUAGCUAAUAGAGAAAAUAAAGAAAUUUUGGAUACAUAUCAUAUACAUGAAAAAUACCCGACUCUAUUCGUGUACUUCCAGUUCUGUGAAAAGUCCUUUGCUAGGAUAUCAGUAAAAUCCCUCUCUGACAGAAUAGCAUUUAAUGCACAGUCAAUGUUUUCCAAUGUGUAUUUAUCCAACAACAAUAAAACUGCGCGUAAUUACUUCAGUCCAAACGAAGUUGAUGUUACAAAGAAACAAAAACAGCAAGUAUCGAUAUAA